GCAACCAUACAGUCAUCGCCCAUGGACAUGCAACUUCCCAUCGCCCCUUCGCCACCCACGGCCCCUUAUGACACGAAAGGGCCACCGCCUGCGUUGACGAUGACGGUAGAAGAGCAUCGUCCGUCGACGCUCCCAGCCCCUCUUGCUUCUCCACCUGCUGCGCCUAUCACCGCGUCUCCCACAACGAGUCCGCACCGUCCCAAACCACUCAAGCUGAUCAUCCAGCUUUCCUCCAAGGACGUCGAUACAGACGUCAAAGAGGACGGAUUGCCCAAACCGACACUCCCGCAUGGGGCGUUCGCGAACCUGAAGAAGGAGAAUCGAGGGAAAAAGUGCCCGAUCAACAACCCCGACACGAUCUUGGAAGCCGUGCGCGGCGAUGGUCCCGCCGACUUGGCGACCGACGUUGGUCGUCUCAAGAAACUGGGCAAAGGGGCUGGGGGAACGGUGUAUCUAGGCUGCUUUGUCCCGACGUUGAAGCUCAUCGCGAUCAAAGAAGUGCAGCUGUUCCACGAAGAAGACUAUGCCAUGAUCACCCACGAACUGCACGCGCUGCACGACAACCUCGUGCCGCUGGCGGACGAAGCGACCCACAAAUCGCUCGAGUUUCUCGGCAAGUUGUUCCACAGGAAGCUGCACAUUGGCAACGUCCAUGCGUGCCACGACAUGGUGUCGUUCUACGGCGCGUAUGCCACGCCCGAGAAGGCCAGCGUGUCCAUCGCGAUGGAGUACAUGAAUGCCGGCACGUUGCAGGAUUUCGUAGAUGCCAACACAACAGUGCCAGAACCUGUGCUCAAACACAUUGCAUAUUGCACCAUGAAAGCGCUGCAUCACAUGCAUUUGCACCGGAUGCUCCACCGAGACAUUAAGCCGGCCAACAUUCUCAUGAACUCGAAAGGCGACUUCAAAAUUGCCGACUUUGGGCUGGCGGCGACGUUGAGCAAGUCGAAAUCGUACUUUUCCGAGUUCCAGGGCACGCUCAUGUACAUGUCGCCCGAGCGCAUCACGGGCGGAAACUACUCGCAUCCGAGCGAUGUGUGGGCGGUGGGCAUCGUCCUGCUCACGUUAUCCCUUGGCAGGUAUCCGUUUGCAAGGGAAGAUGGGUUCUUUGGGCUUGAAGACUCGAUCGUGAAUGAAACCAUGCCGUUGGUGCCUGCGACGACGUUCUCGCCAUCGUGUCGCGAGUUUAUCGAGGCGUUGCUGGCAAAGGACCCCGCUAGUCGACUCACGGCAGCUCAAGCGCUGGACCAUUCGUUUUUAGCCCAGUACGAUCCAAAGCAAAAUGAUCACGAGUUUGCACACGCGUGGGCGACAUUGCACACACCACGUCACAUGACGCCCGACGAAAUCCAAGCGGUGGUGGUGGCGAUAUUGGAGCAGGAGGAGCGGACGUCCGGCGACCACGACGAGUUUGACUUUCAUCCGCAUCAUAUCCUGUACCACCCACCCGACUCAUCCACGUACCAAAUCAGCUUCAAGCACUUGACCAGCUUAGCGGACGCAUGCGGCACGACCACGGACGAGCUACUGGCGGUUUUCAAAGCAUUGGACACGUCUCCCCCCCCCACCGUCACGACCACAUAAACCAAGCCAAGUAUAUUGUCGUAGCUGCCAUCCGUCCACAACGAGUAGUGAUUUUUUCGAUUUAAAUAAAGGAUUUGAUUUGUAUAUAUAUAUAUAUAUACA